AUGCAGGGAAGUCCUUCUGGAAGAGAUCUACCUGUAAUCUUUCUGAGGUUACCCGUCAAAUCUUUACUCAGAUUUCGAGUGUGCAAGUCAUGGAGGUCUAUAAUCUCAUCAUCUACUUUCAUCGACACCCACUGUAGAGUCGGCGGCCAACUCCUCUUGCUACAGGCUUCACUUUCAAGUGGAUAUUCGAGUUAUGAGCCUUUCUCGUUGCAUCGGAAUAACCCUUCAUUCGAUGAUCCAUUCUUAGCUUACGAUUGGAUGCAACUAAAAGCUGUUCAUGUUGCCUUCAAAAGACAAUAUAGAGAUUUAGGAAGCAAGCCUAUCAAUGUCGCCGGGACUUGUAACGGCGUGGUCUGCCUUGUUGCUCAAGACUUCACUGUGUUGCUUUGGAACCCUAGUAUUCGGAAGUUUGUAGUUUUGGCCAGGCCUAGUGUUACUUUGCGCCGGGAUGAUGGAGUUUUGAGAGCUGUUUAUAAGAGUGGAAGAGGAGCUGGUUGCUCAAGUGAGGUUGAGAUUUGGUCAUUGGCCCGGGGAUCUUGGAAGAGUCUAACUGCUCCGAUGGAUAUUCCUGGUGACAGUACCUGGUAUCCCAAAGCUUUUCUUCUUGAACCUCAUGCUUUUGUCAAUGGUGCUCUGCAUUGGUUUCAUAAUAAGUUUAAGAGGAUGAGCUACUCCAUUGUUACCUUUGAUAUUUCAAGUGAAUCAUUUAGCGAAAUCACGAUGCCUGAGUUCUGGGAGAAUAAAGGGAUUUGUUUGAUGUCGAGUUACAAGGAAUACACUUGCUUUCUUUGA